AUGGCCCUGCUCUCCACGCCUUCAGAAAUUGAAGCAAAGAUGAAGUUUCCAGCCAUCUUCUUCGUUUUAGCAGCCUUCGCCAUGGUCUCCAUGACGGAAGGUGCCCCAACCCUAAAUCUAGGGUCCCUACUUGGCUACGGGUUUGGAUAUAGGCCUUAUGGUUACGGUGGCAUUUUCCUGCCGGGGUAUGUAGACACAUAUCAUGGCGAUGAUGCAUACGAUCACGGUGACGAUGUGUACGAUCGCGGUGACGAUGAGUAUGAUCAUGGUAGCGAUGCGUACGAUCACGGUGACCAUGCGUACGAUCAUGGUGGCGAUGAGUACGAUCAUGGUAGCGAUGCGUUCGAUCAUGGUGGCGAUGAGUACGAUCAUGGUAGCGAUGCGCACGAUCAUGGUGGCGAUGCUUACGAUCAUGGUAGCGAUGCGCACGAUCAUGGUGGCGAUGCAUACGAUCACGGUGGUUUCGGCGAUUAUCGUUAA